UAUUUUAAUAAUUAUUUCAGGAUAGAUUAACAGCCGUUAUAUUUCUGACAGCCAUCGAUGAAUAUGAUUCAUACUUCAAAGUAGAGGGUGAAGAAGGAUUGCAUAAUCGUCUCCAGGAGUCAUUGAAUGUGUUUGGUGAGGUUCAGGGUAACCCGUGGAUGCCCAACACGUCGUUUAUUCUAUUCCUCAAUAAAACCGAUGUGUACGACAAGAAAGUACAACAUUCAAAAAUAGAAAACCAUUUCCCGGAUUAUGCAGGUUUCCAGAAUGACGGAAAUGACGGGAAAGCGUUUAUAUUACGCAAAUUUAUGGACCUCAAAACUAAAGAUAGUUUUAUUUACGCUCACUAUACACAGGCCACAGACACUGAGAAUAUUAGAGUUGUGUUUGAUGUAGUUCGGGACAAUGUUCUUCAAAUGCAUCUAAGAUUCUUCUUGCUGUGUCCGUGAUUAAGAGACUGUUCACAUUAUAACUCAUUCUUGGAGUUCAGCCUUAUAUCAAAUGAUAAUUAUUGCUCAAAAAGUGACAUAAUUUAUGUGAUUUUAGACUUGAUUUGUGACAUUAUUUUUCCAAUCUAAUAAUUGGAGCUUGCCAUGAUAAUAAAAAAUGAUAUGACAAAAACUUUGUUAAGAAUGACACAAAGUAUAUGGUAAGUGUGUUGAAGGGGUUUUAACAAA